UUCAUCAAAUUCAGAUUCUAACCUUAUCGGCGAACGAUUUCAAUUCCUGUGCGUGUUUCGUCCGUUGUUCCACGUAUUGUCUUUUGUAGAACUCUUUUUUUUGUUUCAAUUUUAUUUUUUAAUGAAAAUCGUUUAGCGGAGUAAUCAUUGUAACAUUGUGACAGGAGCUUGGUUAAAAAUGGCUGGUGAAAAUCUUCGACCAGAAACGUUCGUCAACUUUCAAUACUCAAUACUGGGUGAUGUACUGACAAUACGACUGCAAUCACGGAUUACGCUAGAAGAGCUUAAUGAGGGACCAAUUACGAUCCAAUUCGAAACGGAUUUUUUGGGAGAUCCUCUGCGCCUGCAAAUCACAAUUACACACAAUCGUCAAACGAACCAAAUUGAAGCAUACCUUCAAGUAAGGGAGUCUCCACGCAGAAGUUUACCGUUUACGAUCAGAUAUUGGAUAUGGCCGUUACAAAAUGUACAACAAAGUCGUCCGCAAGAAUUCACCUACUUGUAUGGAGUAGAAGAACGAUCCGCAAUAAAUCCGUUUUGUCGAGCCCCACUCAUUGUGCAAUAUUUGGCACCUAAUAACAAAGCGAAAGGGCAACGCAGGACCAGAUUUAUCGCGUUUUGUUCCGAAAUUGUGGUCAGAGCUGAGCACAACACCAAAACUGCACUGGAAGACUAUCUGCCUGUCAUGUUCGUCCCAAGUAAAGAACGGGGCUCGGAUUCGAACAAGUGUGAUCGCUCGGAUUCGGAGAAGUGUGAUCAUGUUAUACUCAUUGGGGAUCAAGCGAUCGGGGCGCAUAGGAGACAUUUGGUUCACAGCGGAUUCUUUCGGAGAGAAUUUCAUAGAAUUCCUGCUGUUAACCUGACUAUAAUCACAACAAUCAGCUUAGAAGUUCUGUACGACCUAUUACGCUUUAUGUACGCUUUAGUAAUCCAUCCAACGAGGCUACAAUCAGAAGACCUUCUUGAAGCUGCACGAGAGUUUGAGAUGGGUAUAUUGAUCAAUAUCUGCGAAUCAGCUCGUAAUAUGCAACCACAAGGAGUUGCAACCGGAUCGUCGUCCAUAAAAAAAGUCGAAAAAGCAACCACCGCCGCGAAGAAAGUUAUAGCUAAAAUCACAAACAGCCAAGAAUGGAGUGACACCCUCAAGAUAUGUACGGACUUCUUUGAACCCAUUGUCCAGAACCCAAUCGGAUACAUUCGUGACAGAGUUGUCAUUCCCGACUUUCUGUCAGGCUUGCACGGUAAUGAUCAGACUGGUGAUUCAACGACAAAUCCUCAGCCGAGCAGUUCCGCAGACGCAGAUGAUUUCGAUGGCGAUGAUUUAAGACCAAUGCAACGUAAGCGUUCUUCGCCGGUUCAACGACGUCGACCAUCCAUUGUGUCAAGGUCUUCAUCUGCUUCCAGUGGCGUCCGAUCACUGGAUGGUUCUCAUAUCCGAAAAGCAGAAGCUGAUGCUAGCAACGCACCCCGUAAAAUCAUCGCAAGCAGUACAUCUGGUUCAAGCAACCAGCUGUCGAUGUCUCGUUUCCAUCCGGGUAACCGAGAACGUAUGGCCACAGAAUCGACAUUGAGUACGGAAUCUCCUAAAGAAACCCGUUCGUAUGCCAGUGAGUCAGUCAUGUGCGCGACUGCAGAAAUUUCAACGGAUGAAAGUUAUGCAAGGCGGCAAAUGCAAGCAGGACAAGUAAUGAAUCAAAAUUUCGUCUUCGGAAUGAUCCGAGAUGCUGAGGGAAAUGUUCCAAAUCAUCUACAAAUUGAUUAUGACUAUUCCAUGGCUAAUUCGGGAUCACAGUCACUGGACGACAUUGCGUCGAUCACUGAAGAAACUUCAAUCGAUGAUCCAUCGUCUCGAGGAGGUCAAGGUCCUGACUGUCAGCGAGAUCGUAUGCGUUCGGGUUCGCUCAGCGACAUUUCAUCUAUAGCUGAAGACAACGGUAAUUUAUCUACGCAGUCAAGUCGUUCAUCACAGACACGAACGACUCCCAGUUUAGCAUAUGAUUUUUGGGAUGGAAAACGAAAUCAGCUCGAUUUUGUAAAAGAAUCGAUUAAGUCGCUGGAGGAACUGCCACCAGAGGAAAUUCAUGCCGACGCACAGCCUCAAAAUUUUGUGAAAAGCACUCCAAGUUCAGCAAAUGAUUUCUGGAUCGGAGAACGGGAGCGGUCUAUUUAUAUAAGAGAACCGACGUGUCCAGCGGAAAUAUUAACCGAUGAACUAUUACCAGAGUUAGAGGAAAUGGAUGCUUUGAUUGCAGAAGAACUACAGUUACAAAAUUAUCUGGAACAGUUUAAUCAAUCAGAGUCAUAUUCACCAUCACCUUCCAAUUCAGCAUGUGAUUUAUUUUCAGAAGACCAAGAGCAGUUGAGUUUCAUUCGAGAAGUGUCGGCGGCAAAGGAAAUGUCAUCAGUGGAAGUAUUAUCGGAGGAGGAGCAACAAAAAAUGGACGCUCAUAUUGCUGAAGAUUUGGAAUUUCAAAAUUAUAUGGGAUGGUUUAAGCCGCUUGUGUCGUAUGAUUUUUGGCAUGGAGAACGGAACCUGCUCGGCUAUAUAAGAGGACCAAAUUUGUCACAACAAUUGUCAGAGUUAGACCAACAACGAAUGGAUGCUCGGAUUGUUGAAGAACUGAAAUUCGUGAACGAUACGCAAUCCUUUCAUCUACCGCGGCCGUCAUGUUCUCGGAACAUUCAACCAGAGCUGCCUUUAGGCGGCGGAGUCAAGAGAAAGGAUCCAAACAGAUCAACGAAGCCAAACGAAAGUGCGUUAGAUUCCGAAUCGGACGACGCAUGGAUGCCUCGCAAUGUACAACCUAUUGUAACGCAACGCAAUGGAUCUGUACCAUCUGUACCCAUUGAUGACAGUGAUAUGCCAGCUUUGCUAAGUCUUUCUGCAAUAGAAUCUGGGCAACCAACUUCGAGUUCAUCUCCAACUACGUCACAUUCCGAAUCGGGAGAUGCAGAGACGUCUCACAAUGGUCAUCAUAUCGCAACGCACAGCAAUGGAUCAAAACCCGCUGACGAUCAUCUAAUAGAAGUUUUACCAAGUGAUAAUGUGGCUCAAGCAUCAACGGGUCUUCCUUCAAAAGAAUUGGUCGGAACAGCACCCACAAGACAAUCUACCAAAUCGACAACUCCAAGCUCGUCUUCGAUUGCGCUACAUGCCCCACCGGAUAAUGCACCGAUGUCUCACAAUGGUCAUCGUAUUGCAACGCACAGCAAUGGAUCGAGACCCGUUGAUGAGCCUAUGGAAAUUUCACUAAGUGAUACUGCUGGCCGAUCAUCUACAGGUCUUUCUUCAAUAGAAUCAGUUGGAACAGCAGAUUCUCCAAGACAAUCUACGGAAUCGACAACUUCGAGUUCGUCUUCAACUAAACCGAAAGAAACUAAAGACAACACCAAAGGUUCUGAUGACAGUGAGAAGUAGAUUAGGCGUGAAACCGAUGAGUGUGUCAGUGGUGUAAUGGUCCGGGAAACAAUUUUGUACAGCUAAAAGUUAUUUUUUUUGUCGAUUUAAGGGCUCAAUUUCGACUGCAAUUGUAUACGUUUUCUGAAUUGCAAAAUAAAUUUUCAAAUUUGUUUAUUUUUGACGA